AUGUUUCAAAUUGGGGUCGUCCUUGUCUUCUGUGGGCUGCUGGCACAGACCUCAGCGCUACCACAGGUCUUACCACUGGGCCUGGGCCCAAGCCUCCUGCCCUUGCCUGAGACUCCAGGUCUGCCUGCAAACCCCACAGACAUUGCUGGAAGCUUGACAAGUGCUCUCACCAAUGGCCUGCUCUCUGGUGGUCUGCUGGGAUCUCUAGAGAACCUUCCACUCUUGGACAUCUUGAAGAAUGGAGGAGGCCCUUCUGACAACCUUCUUGGUGGUCUGCUUGGAAAAGUGACUUCUGACCUUCCUCUCUUGAACAACAUCAUUGAUUUGAAGAUCACUGAUGCUCACCUGCUGGAACUCGGCCUGGGGCAGAGCCCUGAUGGCCAUCGUCUUUAUGUCACCAUUCCUCUAGGCCUGACCCUCAAUGUUAAAACGCCCUUGGUUGGAAGUCUAUUAAAGCUGGCUGUGAAGUUGAACAUCACUGCAGAACUCAUAGCUGUGAAGAAUGAGCAGGGCAAACUGCACCUGGUCCUUGGCGACUGCACCCACUCCCCUGGCAGCCUGCAAAUCUCCAUACUUGAAGGGCUUGGCCCCCUUCCCAUUCAAGGUCUUCUUGAUAGCCUUACUGGGGUCUUGAAUAAUGUGCUUCCUGACCUGGUGCAGGGCAAGGUGUGUCCUCUGGUCAAUGAUGUGCUCAGCAAAUUAGACUUCACCCUGGCACAUUCUGUGAUUGACCUGCUGAUCCACGGGCUAGAAUUUGUCAUCAAGGUCUAA